CAAUCGUAGAAGUUCGGAUUGGAUCACGACAUGGCGAGUGCCGCAGGAAUCGAGAUGCAAGAACUCCGAAAGGGCGGCGAUCCCGACCGCACGAGUAGCACCACCACCGUCGAUGAGGAAGAAGGCCUCGUGUCGUCCGCUGUUCACAUGAACGACGAGGAGUAUGCCACUCCCACCGACCCUUGCCGAUGUUUCUGUUGCUUUGGCUUUCGCAAGAUUGGGCAGAGCUACGUUGUGCGCGAACGAGCCCCGUUCAUCCUCGUGGGACCACACUGGAUCGGUGUGCUCGUGACGCUAUCUCUCAUCGUGGUGUCCACCGUGCUGUUCAUCGGCCAGCAAUGCCGCGGACUCGAUGCUUGGUACACGUGUCUGUCCGUGUUUAUGUGCAUCGCCACGACGUACUUCCUCUUCAAGACAACCUGCACGGACCCAGGCAUUGUACCCCGGGGCACGCUGCACACAGACCCAGCCCUCAUCUCUCGAUGCAGUUACUGCGGUGUGGACUUGAGACCAUUGUCGACAACUAGGAUGAUUCAACUCCGAACUAUAGACAUUUGCGAUGUCCACCAGAGUCGCCACACAGAGCACUGCGACGACUGCGGCGUGUGCAUUGAGAAAUAUGACCACCAUUGCCCAUGGAUGGGCAAAUGCAUCGGGAAGGCCAACAUGAAGUGGUUCCAGCUGUUCAAUCUGGCGUGGGUGCUCUACUUGGUCUUUGUGCUCGUCGUGACCAUGCAAAACGCCAGCGCGCACGCUGAUUUGCUCGUCAAAGCUGGCAAUCACUUUAUCAACCACGUCCAAGGCUCCAGUCGAUAAGCUACUACUACUAGUAGUACUAGUACUACUCAUACUUCGAAGUAUUUCGUUCUCCACCUCGGAAGGGUUUAGUAUGAUUGUGGCG